ACCUGGAGCCAUCAUCGCAAGUGUAUAUCAUCAUCUAUAUCUUUUUCUAGCUCAUCGUCGUCUAAGAAUAGUGAAGAACGAUGAGCAAAAUUCCGGCAGUCGAAUUUUCCCACGAAUGUUUGAAGCCAGGGACAGAGUCCUGGCUGCAGGCUUCCAAGAUAAUCAUGAAGGCCCUCGAGGAUCAUGGCUGCUUCAUAGCCGAGUUCAAGGAUGUCUCCCUUGAACUCCACAACGCCAUCUUCAGUGUUACAGAGGAGCUAUUCGACCUUCCCCACGAGACUAAAAUCAAGAACACCAACCUCAAACCUUCCCAUGGAUACAUUGCCAAGGUCCCUGGGACUCCCCUUGUCGAAGCCCUCAACAUCGACCAUGCUGAAGCCUUAGAAGAAUGCCGGAACUUCACGAACCUCAUGUGGCCUGCCGGUAACGACCGGUUCUGCAAAGCUGCCCAUUACUAUGCGCAGUUGAUUGAGAAGCUGGAAGCAAUGGUGAUGAGGAUGGUGUUUGAGAGCUACGGUCUAGAGAAAUACUACGAAUCUUAUGCAGAUGCCGCCACAUUACUCCUCCGUUUCUUAAAGUACAAGAAACCACAUGACAUGGAUUCAAACAUAAACCCAAUCGCGCACACAGACAAGAGCUUCAUAUCUUUCUUGCACCAGAACAACGUGAGGGGUCUUGAGGUGAUGACCAAAGACGGAGAGUGGUUCACCUUCGAGCCCUCUCCUUCUUCCUUCAUGAUCAUGGCCGGUGAUGCUUUCGUGGCAUGGAGCAAUGGGAGGAUCAAGGCAUGCUACCAUAGAGUCGCAGUGAGGGAGGAGAAGGAAGUCAGAUACUCGCUCGGCGUGUUCUCAUAUCAAAAAGGGAUGAUAAAAACGCCUGAUGAGCUCAUCGACAAAGAGCACCCUCAGCAAUAUAAGCCAUUCGAUCAUGUCGAUUUCCUUUGCUACUAUGAUUCCAGUGACAGCCGAAUUAAGGCACAGAGCCUCAUCAAAACUUAUUGUGGGGUUUAGGACUAGAGUCCUAGUAGUUAGUCGAUGAUAAUUUCGACCAUGUCGUACCUUUUUCCUUUUUCUUCGCAUUUUUACAAAUAAGUUGGUUUUGGAAGCCCUCUCAUCUUAGAUGUACUCUUCCUGCGGCUUUCCUUGACAAGGAAGCUAUUGGCAGUGCUCUAAAAUAAUAUAACAGGCAGUCUGUUUGAUUU